GUGGGCCUGGGAGGCUGGAUGGGCCCAUGGGGCACUGGAUGAGGGGCAGACGGGCCAGCUGGGAAUGGGGCGCCCGAGGCUUUGCUGAUCCCUGGAUUAGCGACUUCUGUGUGAGGCCCAGCCCAACUCUGCCGGACUCGGGCUCCUUGUUCGUCUUGCAGCCUGGAAGCCAGCGACUCCAUGGGACCCUGGGCAGGGCAGGCCCGCAGGCAGGGAGAAGGGCAAAGAUGAAAAGUGGCAGGGCUCAGGCUGCCUGCCUGGGACCCGAGCAGGGAUCGCUGGAGUCCCCCACGCCUGGAGUCCAAAGACUGUUCCCAAUUAGCCUAGGGAGUUUGCAGUCUCUCUCCUUGCAUGGGGCAGGAAGGAAGAGAGCCAGCCAUGGUUCUGCUGCUUGGGAGCGUGGUGCAGAGCUCACAAUGAGACAUUGCAAUGCUCCUGGAAAGGCCUCCACGCCCUCCACCACCCUCAGCCUUCCCCCUUCUCUGGCACGUCCCAUCUGGCUCCCAAGGAGCUUCCCAGGCAGGAGUGAAUCAGUCUUCACUGCUUCCCAGAGAAGGUCAGUCUCAUUGUCCCUAUUUCUCAGAAGGGGAAACGUAGCCACGACAGCCCCGUGGAUACUUUGCAGGCAGCAGAAAGAGGGGGUAACCCGGAGGCUAAAAUUGUGGAUGAAGAAGUCGAGCUGGAAGAGGAUGUGGAGCCCCCAAUGGGAUCGUCUGAUGGGGCAGGCAGCCAGGAACUUUUCUCCACUCCAGAAGGGCUCCAGCACAGACCUUGAGGAACACAUCAUGCACCCCCGCCGACUGGCUUCGGCAGAUAAGGAGGAACCCAGGUGCAGCAAAGAAGACAUGUUCCAGGAGGUGCUGCAGUGCGAUGACAGACCAGGGAACGCAAAGAGUGCUGGGGAGCCUAAAGUCAGGACAGAAAAGAAUGCUGCAUUUGCUAGGCAAGUGACAGAGCAGAUGAUAAAAGUGAUGGAGGGUCAGACAGAGAUGCUCAAGUCUUUGAUACAGCUGUAGACUGAGCAGAUCCGUGGUCAACCUCCACUCCAGCACAUGCACAGUUCUUUGCCAACCGCACCCACCUCUAUGCCCACACAUUCCUUUUAACUUCACAGCCGCCCUCAGUUUCCCCAUCACUCCACCCCCUCUCACAGCUUGCACAAUGAGAGCUGGAGCUAAACACACUUGUGAGGUUUUACCCGUUUUAACAAGGUAUUUCAUGGUGCAGCGUUUUUAUUCCAUGUUCUACAAAAGCCAACAGGCUUCUAAAGCAUUUUGUUCCCUGGAUCUUGGGUCCCAAAAUGUAGCAACUCCAAAGCAGACGUGUUACUGCCCCUCAUUGUCCAGAUGGUUCCUCAAAGCCUCUGUGAUGUUAAUAGCAGCCCUCUGGGCUUCUCGGACAGCCCUAGCAUCUGGCUGUUCAAACUGUGCAGCCAAGCGCUGUGCCUCAGUGCUCCACACCUGAGCAAACAUUUCACCCUUAGAUUCACACAGAUUAUGCACUGUGCAGCACAUGGCUAUGACCACAGGAAUAUUAUCCUUGGCACGGUCUAGCCUGCCACUGAGACACCUUCAGCGAGCUUUCAAACGGCCAAAGGCACGUUCGACUACCAUGCAGCACCUGCUCAGCCAGUUGUUAAAAUGCUCCUUGUUGCUGCCAGGUGCCCUGUGUAAGGUUUCAUCAGCCAGGGCUGAAAGGGGUAAGCCGGAUCUCCCAGGAUUACUAUGGGCAUUUCCAUAUCCCUCACUGUGAUUUUCUGGUCUGGAAAGAAAGUCCCCACUGGCAGCUUUCUGUACAGGCCACUGUUCCUGAAGAUGCAUGCGUCAAGCACCUUUCCAGACCAGCCUGCACUGAUGUCUGUGAAACGCCCACAGGGAUCCACAAAUGCCUGUAACACCAUGGAGAUGUAUCCCUUCCUACUGAUGUACUCAGAGGCAAGGUGGUCUGGCGCUAAAAUUGGAAUGUGUGUGCCAUCAGUCGCCCCGCCACAGUUAGGGAAACCCAUCUCUGCAAAGCCAACCACUAUUUCAUGCACAUUUCCCAGAGUCAUGGUCCUCCGCAGCAGGAUGCCAUUUAUUGCCCUGCACACUUGGAGUAAUACAGCCCCAACAGUGGACUUCCCCACUCCAAAUUGAUUUGAGACUGACCGGUAGCAGUCUGGAUACGCCAGCUUUCA